AUGAGCCAGAAAAUCAGCAAUUCUUCCAUUGUCAGGAGACUCGGGAUCCAGGAAUGCAACCUGCUUGUCACCCAGCGCAUCAUGAAGUACCCAGUCUUGGUGGAGCGCAUCAUUCAAAACACGGAAGCCGGCACGGAAGACUGGGAGUCCCUGACCCAAGCACUGCAGCUGAUCAAGGAGGCCAUCACGGCGAUCGACACCAAAGUGAACGAGUGCGAGAAAGCGCAGCGCCUCCGGGAGCUGGUGGCCCGGAUGGAGUUCAAGUCUUCGUGGAAGUUCCAAAACGGGCUGGUCUUCCGGAAGGAGGACAUGCUCCAACGGCGCCUCCUGAGCGAUGGGAUGCUGUCCUGGAAAGCAGCCUCGGGGCGCCUGAAAGAGGUUCUGGCUGUCCUGCUGACGGACGUGCUUCUGCUGCUGCAAGAGAAGGACCAGAAGUGCACUUUUGCAUCUGUGGAUUCCAAGUCACCGGUGAUCUCCUUGCAGAAGCUGAUAGUUCGGGAAGUGGCCAACGAGGAGAAGGCCAUGUUCUUGAUAAGCGCCUCCUUGGAAGGACCCGAGAUGUAUGAAAUCCACACCAGCUCCAAGGAGGAUCGGAACUUCUGGAUGGCGCUGAUCCGCCGGGCAGUGGAGAACUGUCCUGAUGAGGAAGAAAGGAUCCCAGCCGAUCCCGAGGAGGAGAGGAAGCAAGCCGAAGCCAGGGCAGCGAAGCUGAAGGAGUUCCAUGACCGCCUGCGGGUGAAAGAUGACCUGAUCGUGCAGAGCCUGAAUGAGAAGCAGCAGAUAUACCUGGAGAUGGCAGAGAUGAGUGGCUUCAAGGCCGCGCCCCAAGCCUCCCGCCCCUGGCUCCUCUGCAGGACGGAGGUCUCCGAGGACCUGCACGGGGAGGCCCUCGUCAAGCAGGCGGUGACCGAAGUGGAGAGCAUCCAGCACUUGAUCUUCACGCAGCUGGGGAGUGCAGCCUGUCGUCCUGAGGAUGGCUGUGCGUCGGGGGCGUUGAGGCGAGCAGAGACCUUUGGGGGCUACGACAGAGCCACGGCUGGGCCAGCCAAAACUGGCAGUUUCAAGAAGAAGGUGUGUGGUGGAGACCCGUGGGUGCGAGAGCGCCGAGGCCUCCAGGCCAAUCCAGAUGUGCCAGCCCAGGAGCUUCCUUCAGCCAUCAACGAAGGACCAUGCUUGAGUGAUCUGUCAAGACUGGAGUGCAGCGGCCGACCUCAGCCUGCCAUGGAGUCAGAGCUUGUCCAAAGGAUCCAGGCACUCCUGAGGUUGCUUCUCAGCCUGCAGGUGAGCUACGGCCUCCCCCAGGUGGUUUAUGGUAUUGCAGGUUGUUUAUGGUAUUGCAGCAUUCAGAUUUUGAGGGAAAGGACUGCAGGGUGCUGGUGUGGGGGGAAGCCUUGGUUUGUGGGCCCAGGGAAGCCCAGGAAAGAGAAGAAGCCCAUUGGGACCGGCUGUGUUGAAGGUUUUCUCUGCUACCAAGUGGAGCUCUGUUCAGUGAGAGCCAGUGUGGUAUACUCCAGAGGCACAGAACGCUCCUCUCCCUCAAGGGAAGGCCAAUGCUGUGCUUUGGUGGCCUUAAAUUCUCCCCUAAUCCGCAGCAGUGGCGGUCACCUCCCGGCACAUCCGGUCACCCUCAACGGGGAAGGCCUGCAAGGAAGCCCAGGGCCUCUUGCGAAGCCCUGCGGACGUGCCGGCGGCUCUGGGUUGGACUGUUUGGAGCGAACGGAGCUCGCCCGGCGGGACAGCGCCAUGGCAGAAGGGCGCCCCGUUCUGCUGCUCAAGAACGAGGUGCCGGUCCAUCUCCUGAGCGCCACCAACCAGAGCCAGAAGCAGGCAGCUGUCCAGCAGCAGAUCCCCACCAAGCUGGCCACGUUCACCAAGGGCAGCAAAGGCACCAAGCCCGGCAAGGCCUCCCAGCGGACGGACAGCUCAGCAUCAGUCGACUUGAGGCAGCUGUUCAAUCCCCGGCUGGCUGGGAAGGAUGAGUCCGGGUCACGCAGCAGACAGUCAUCCAGCCCGGUCUUUCCGCACAGCCAGAAUGCUGCCUUCCUGCCAGCAGAUCUGCCUGGCUCUGCGGAGAGUCGCCCGGAAGCGCUGCUUCCCCCUGCCCACCUUUUCAAGCCCAACGUCGUGCACAGUCUUCCGCCUGCCCAGGAUGAUGCAACCAAGGAGGACAUUAUCUACUUCUAACUGGCACCCAGAAGGCCUUGCGAAUCCUUGAUGGAGGUUGACCUUCUGCAGCUUGACCCGUGGACAGCUGGGGCCCGUGGCUGGUGCCCUCUUGUGGGUUUCUCACACAGGUGCUCUUCCGUCCUUUCUGCGUGGCAGGGCCCUCGCCUGGCCAGCGCCUCUUCGGCCUUUCCAUCGAACUUCGUGCCGCCCUUGAGCAGUCGAGAAGCCGAGAGCUCCGUUGUGCACCCGCUUGUCCCAGCCCUAAGCCAGGCAGCUCCGCCCCGCUUCAGUCUCCGCUGCCGUCUCCUCCUCUGUGGUUACUGGGACAGCUGCUCAUCCAAAGACUUUGGCUGCCGGUGGUGUGGCAGCGGGCCGCCUUUCCCAAGAACAGCUCGGAUCGCAGCGGCUGCCGAAACGUGUUCCGCCCCACAGCGCCAACGGAAGGGAAUGCAGACUCUGGAGACAACUACCGGCGGGUCUCUUCUCCAGCUGCUUGGCACAAAAGGGGUGGGUCUGUCUGCUGCAUUCUGCCACCCCCUGCCAUUUGGUGCUGCUCUGUGACCAUGCCGUGCCACUCUGCUCUCUCUGUGACAGUGAUGCCAAGUGCCAGGAGCGCUCAUUGCCCCAGUGACAGGGGCCUCCUGUAUCCAAGGGACUGUCUAGAAGAGACUGGGACGGGACGGGAAGGGAAGGGAGGGCCUCUCUGGCUGCCCACAUUUCUCAAAUCAGUGUAGCUUUAAAAAAAAUCAGUUCUUUCACUUUGGAAUAAUAUCUUAGAUUGUCAAAGCUGCCGUGUCUCAAAGCUCGGCUUCCCUUUCUCACUUGCCCUCUGGGCCUCAGGGGCAGCUUGGCUCUUGAGGGCUGCAGAGGAGCUGGUACCUCUUUUGCUUAUCUGUCUCCGUUCUCCCCCCCCCCCCCACACACAGAAACACCCACACUUCAAAGCAGAUGUCUUUGGCAUCCCCUUCCUUUAGCACUGACUGGGCAGGAAUUGGCUUUUCUGGCCUCAUCUUCCCGAUCAUGUCUGACUUGGUCAAAGAGGAACAGGCCAGCCCCAGGGACUGCGCGGCCCAUUCCGAGGUUGCAGCUGUGGCGAUCUCUGUAAAAUACCCUGGAGCGGCCCAGCAAAAGAGGACUGUGAUGCUAUCCCAACUGGGCAGAGUAAAAAUGGGUGUGGCGUGCAGAGCCCCGGAAGCUGGAAAGAUGCAGGAAGUGGAAAUGGAGUGUGAACUGGGGCUUCCUUUUUUCUGGGUCUGCAACACCCUCCCCCGAGAAAAACUUCUGUUUGGCGUGAGGGCUGCUUCUAUGCCUCUGAAUACCACUGGUGCCAUACUCAUUAGUGUUUUUAAACUAUGUGUAUGUACAGUUUUUAUAUUGAGAAGAAUUGGAGCACUUUAGACUGGGGCUGGUGGCUUUCAAAGGCCUUCUCUGUGUCCUUCCCAUGGAGUCAGAGUUACCUUGUGCCAGGAAUUGUGACCCUGCCUGCUGCUGCUUCAUAUCUUUAGAAACACUCGGGCUCGAUGCAGCCAGCCUUGAUGCCACUUGGUCUGAGUAGGCCCUCGCCAUCACCCCGGCCUCUUGCCUGUAAUUCUGCAGCAAACUCCCCAUCUCGUCUUUUUAAUUUUAUUGGUAAAGUGUCUCUACUUCAAAA